AAUGAAUGCGUAAAAAAAUUUAAUCUGUAAUUCUUAACAGCAACUACACCAUUUGCAGUCGGUGGAAUCAAAUGAGCAAAUGUGAAGAAUGUGAAUGUAAGCCAGGUUAUACGGGUUCAAACUGUGAAAAAACUUGUCCAUACGCAGGCUAUGGAGAAUAUUGUCAGGAGACAUGUAACUGUAAAAAGCAAUAUUGCAAUCAUAUAACGGGAUGCAGUGAUGGGUCUCCAACAAUUUCACCACCAAGUACAACCUUGCAACAUACUUUGCCAACAGUGGAGAUAUAUAAUAACGCAUGUCUUCCUGGCUACCUAGGACAUAACUGUGAACUUCAAUGUCGCUAUCCUAGUUUUGGAGUGAAUUGUCAAGAACACUGUGACUGCAAAGAGGAAUCCUGUAAUACCAUCACUGGUUGUGGAGAACCUGAUCGUGGAUGUAGUCUCAAUGAAAAUAAGAAGCGUAGAGAAUAUCUGCUGUACGGUAGUGUUAUUCUUGGAGCGGUAGCAGUUUUACAGUUUUCCGUCUAUUUUUAUUUAUCAUUCUUCUACAAACCUGUCGUGUUUAUCAUCAACCACUUAUGAAAACCAUUUUUAA